CUUAGAGAAAGACUUUUCUUCUUCUUUUCUGCUUCCACUCAACUCUACUGAUCAACAAUAAAGAACAUUGAUAGUCUCAUCUCCACCUCAGGCUUUUGUCUCUUCCUUCGAACUGGUCCAAUAAAGACUAGACUAGAGCAAAGCGAUAUUCACCUAUCAUGGAAAAAGAGGACAGUGCUGCGCGUAAGGGGAGGCGGGAGCGGGCGCCAUGACAACGCCCUCAAACCAAUAACGUAAAGCGAUGAAGGACGUCGUAAAUACUGCCUGCUAGAUGUUGGAAAGAGUCGGUUGCUGUGGCUCGGUGUUAGUGCUGGAGAUCAGCAGUAGUGUGUGUGUGGAGACCGCGCUCGAUCAAACUCUUGCUCUCAGCAGCUCGGGAUGAGAUUCAGAAGUCUUGCACAUAUAAACGACUGAUUCAUAUAAGAGACUGAGAAUUAGAGGCUUGACCACUGCUUAUGUCUCUCGCUAGGUUGCUAACUGGCUGAUCUCCUAAUGGAAAGAGCAUCUGAGUUUGUCUGAUGUGAGUAUGUGAGCCGCUGAGCGUCUGGGAUACAAUGUUGUUUUUCGUGUGUCUUUUAUCGGAGCGUUUGACGCGCGCUACAGAGUAACAGCAGCGCGAGCGCUCCAGCCUGAACAAUGAUUCAGAGUAACCGAUCCAGAGACUCGCUCCUGCAGGACUGACUGAAGAAACUCUCUCAGAAUGAAAGUCUAAUUGAAGACUUAUAACACAGACACUGAUGUACCCAUCAUGUCUUGCUCUCAUCUUGUAUUCAGAAACAGCAGAGCUCAGGAGAUCAUGAAGCAAGCUUUUAAGUGCAUUGGCACGGUGCACUCCAGAGCAAUGGCUAUGAGAAUGUCUUAGCCCAGCAAGCACUUGCAAGGGGGGACUCUGCUUGUUUCUCCCCCUAUGGAAAGUCCAGGUGAUGAGUCGGCACCAGUGAUGGGGAUCCAUUGAGUCCUGUCCCUGACACUAUUCAUUGCCCUUUCCCCCUUUACCCUUUACCCCUGCCCUGACUGGCCAGUGCACGAACAUGCUGCGCUUCCUCCCUCUCAAGCUUGGCCGUUUGUACCGGUGUCUGAAGCUUCUCUUUGUCUUGGGGCUGUUUGUCAUCUUGCUGAUGAACACGCACAACCUCUUCGCCUCAUUCCAAAAGAACGAACUCACCGACCGAAGGUUCAUCAACCUCAACAAGUGCCCAGCCUGCUUUGGCACCAGUUGGUGUCGCAAGUUCAUGAAUGGACAAAUAUCUUUCGAGACAUGGGGUCGCCUUCGCUUCCUGGAUGUCUUCAAUGUGAAAAACGUUUUCUUCGCCCAGUACGGGGAGCCUCGUGAGGGUACGCGGAGGAUCGUACUCAAGCGGUUGGGUUCCAACCAAGAACUUGCCGAUAUCGACCAGAAGAUUUGCAAGCGGGCAACAGGUCGGCCUCGUUGCGAUCUCAUCCAGGCCAUGUACAAGACUGAGUUUGCCCGACUUAAUGGGGAUGUCAGACUCCUAACUCCAGACGUUGUGGAAGGCUGGUCAGAUCUUGUUCAUUGUCCGUCCCAAAGACUGCUGGACAGAAUAGUCAGGAGGUACGCUGAGACAAAAGACUCUGGAAGCUUCCUUCUCAAGAACCUUAAAGACACAGAACGGAUGCAGCUGUUGAUGACUUUGGCUUUCAAUCCGGAGCCCCUAGUGCUUCAGAGUUUCCCUUCAGACGAAGGCUGGCCGUUUGCGAAGUACCUGGGAGCUUGCGGGCGAAUGGUGGCAGUGAACUACGUGGGCGAGGAGCUGUGGAGUUUCUUCAAUGCUCCCUGGGAAAAGAGAGUAGACCUGGCCAAGCAACUGAUGGACAUUGCUGAGCAGCUCACCAACAACGACUUCGAUUUUGCUCUCUACCUGCUGGACGUCAGCUUCGAUAACUUCGCCGUGGGCCCGCGGGACGGGAAGGUCAUUGUGGUGGAUGCGGAGAAUGUUGUGGUGGCCGACAAGAGGUUGAUCAAACAGAAUAAGCCUGAGAACUACGACGUCUGGUACGAGAGCAAGUUUGAGGAAUGCGACAAGGAGGCCUGUCUUUCCUUCUCUAAAGACAUGUUGUGUUCGCGGGUCACGGUGGAUCACAACUAUUACGCCAUCUGUCAAAACCUGCUUUCGCGAUAUGCUACGUGGCGGGGCAGCUCCGGUGGACUUCUUCACGACCCCCCGCCACACAUAGCCAAAGACGGCCAGCUUGAAGCCCUGUUGGACGAGUGUGCCAACCCCAAAAACCGGUACGGCCGCUUCCAGGCAGCUAAAGAACUGCGCGAUUACUUAACCCAGCUAAGCGGUACCGCUAGGUAAUGACCGUCCAUGCCUGUCAAUGCUCAACGUUCACUCAUCAAUGUCCGACGAUGUCUUCAGGGUUUGGGGAUCCCCAUUUGACUUUCGACAGAACCGUCUCUCUGUAACUCUAUUUCAGACCAAUCGUCCCAUCACUACAAUCUGUUGUGUACAUUUUGUUUCUCUUACAUUAAUCUUUAAAUUAUUGAAAUGUCUUUGGUUCAUUGCUUUUAUUCAAUGGUUUAUUUUGCAAUAAAGGCAGCGGUGACACUGGGAAAGGCAGCUUGGGAAGCAUUAACUCUGUCCAAAACUUUGUAGUGAACGUCUUCUGCCUAAUUGAUUCACUUACAUUCCAGGAAGAAUGAGUUUGGCACAAAGCAUAAUUUUGAGAUGGUAGAGAGGAUGUGGAAAUCUGUACAUAAUUGGAGCAGAUUGGAGGGGAAAUGAGUUGGAAUUGCUUUGCAUAUACCAAAGAGUCUGGUUCAAUGUAACUCAAACCUCUGAACUAAAAGGGCAGAGCCUUUCGCUAAAAAUUUAGCAUAGUCAAACCGCCAGAAUUACCCCAGAGCGGAUUCACGGAUGUGGUUAGACUUGUUACAAAGAUUUGUGUUUGUAUUAAUCAAGCAAAGUCCAGAGAGGGCCACAAUGAAUCCAAAUUACGUGGCGCUAUUAAAUCAGAGAGGUCCUGGUCUCUAAUUGGCCGUUAACUAUAAAUAAUGUACCGGCACAUGGCGUGAUGCAGCGCUAACUCCUCGACGUGUGAACGUGCAUCUGAAACUUUCUAUCUUUAAAAUCCAUCUUAACAUUUCAAUUUCACAGCUCUGCAAUUGAAUUAAUCAAAAUUUAAUUAAACGUCUCUAACACUUAAGAUCGUUUAACUUUGAGCCAUCCGCCUGCUGUUUUUUCCCCCUCUCUGGUUUGAUUUUGCACUUGGUGGACCAAUGAAUUAGAUCAGUAUGCUAAUGAGUAUGCGUUAGAUAAUGAAGUACGCUAGCGCUUGACUGACAGCAUCACUCCAUUGAGCAUGGAUUUUGAAAGCUAGCUAAUCACUUUCAACUUGAUGCUUCUGCCAGAGCAAAUGAAUGAAAUGAAUUAAGAUUUUAAUCUUUUUAUUUCCAUGUUUGAGUUCUGGCCGGUCAGGCCCUGAAAAGUCAAAGCAAUAAGUGUCAAUCAGCCAUUAUCACUGAAGAUCCCUCUGCUCUUGUCCAAUCUAAACCGGUGACCGGAUGGCCUCUUUGGAUGUUGGCACGUGAGAGAUUUUUUGCGUGCAUAAGUAACUGUCCGCUUUUGUACUGUACUUCUGUUUCAGUUGAGUAUUAUAUCAGCUGUGUCUGAUUUUACUGUGCCUUUCAUUCAGAAGUUGUAUUUACAACUUUUUAGUCUGUUUAAAUAUUAAAUAAAUGAGUAUAUAUAUAUAUAUCUAUCUCUAUAUA